GUGUCAUUGUGUGAGCCCCAGAUGCAGAGACAGGUGGGCACAACCUUAACUUCAACGAGAGGCCAAGGUAUGUACCUAAAAGAUGCCAGUUCAUGAAUUAGUGGGCAUCUUUCUUUCCUUAAUUUGAUAAAGGAUCAUUCUGAGAUAAAAGUGAGACAAAACAUGAUCUUAUCCAAUUUUGUCAAAGAUUCUACUGGUAGUACCACUGCUAUAUAUACACAUAUUUGCAGAGAUAGAAACAAAGAGAGAGAGACAUUGAUACACAUAAAACAACUUACAGUGGGGAUUGGAUGAGGUCUACAAGCUCUUUGAAUGGAUUACAAAGCCUUUUUCCUGAUUUUCUUCCUGUAUGUAUCUGCUGCUGCUGCUUCUGCUUCACUACUUGGGAAGAACUGGCCUUCAGAAACUUGAUCAAAAAGAUCCUAGUAUACAUGAACAGCACCCCACCAAUACUGUUAUUGAUGGUAGUCACAGAAGAGACAUAAUACACGGAAGCAAAUUCGCUCAUGGCGCUGGCAGAGGAGCUGGACAUGGUGCCAGAACAACCGGCGGAGGAGCUGGACAUGGUGCCGGGACAACCAGCCCCGACGAGAGUGGGAAUAACGGUGGGCACAGAUCACCUAAUGUUCAAGGAGGAGCAGUUAUCCCCCUUAUUGGUGGUAAUAGCAAACACCACCGUGGUGCUGGCAACUGCAUCCAGAACUGCCCAGGACUUCCCAUCUUGAUUAUCACAACCUUCGUCUCUCUUAAAGUACAUUUACAUAUAGCAUAUGGAUGCCAGAUAUAGGUCAGACUAUUUAGAUUUAUUGUUUGCUACUAUGACAUGUAAAACCUAUAUUUCUGUUUGAUU